GCAUCUCAGGCGAUCUCGACGUUCGAAUUACAACCCUUUCUUUUCGUCUCUUUUCUUUUCUUUCCUUUUCUUCAGGCACUCCGGUGCGAGACAAUGAUGAUAUGCCGAAUGCUCCGACCGACCUAAAGGGAGUGCGUACGCGCGCCUGCGACGCUUGCAGGGGCCUGAAGCUUCGAUGCGACUCGCACAAGUUCGACUACGGGCCUUGCUCGAGAUGUCGAAGGCUGAGCCGCGACUGCGUCAUCUCGGCCAACCCGAAAAAGAGAAACAGGCAAACCAAGGCCGAGCUGGAAAAUGAGCUGAAUCAACUUCGGAGUCGGAUCGAGAACGCUGCUUCUGCGGACGUCUCUACGGCGUCGAGCAACCUGCCACCAGCUGCCUCGACUCAUCCCGUCGGAGACGGACGGUUUCCGUGGGCCGAAGCGACUAACGCUCAAGGCUCCUCGGCUGUUGACACCGCGUCAACAGCUGCCUUAGGUUCAGUCAACUCCUUCGGCUCAUUACCAGGCGCUCUAAGCAGCUCUGUGCCAAGUGCUGACUGGGCGACUCCUCACGACAACGUGCGGCAUCAAGCGGCUCUCCCUCCAGGCCAUGUCGAAACAAGCAAUCGAUCGCAGCCGAGCUCAGCAGGGAACGCAUCAGGUCCGGUGCAUGCGUCCCCGAAGAGCAUAGACGGGGUUCUCUUUGGGGCACACAAGUUGUCCGAUUGUUUUACGCGCUUCUUCAGCUCCUACGCACCCAACGUGCCAGGUAUCUUUGACAGGGACCAGGAUCCAGAUGCCGUCCAUCAGAGCAGCGAGUUUCUGUACUGGACGAUCGUGCACGUGGGUGCGCGAAGGUCAAAAGAUCCCACGAUUGUCGAGAGCCUUACGCGCCCACUUCUUGAUCUGGCGCAGCGUUCGCUCCUCUGCCCGGAGCAAGCCGUGACGAGUAUCCGGGCCGUCAUUGCGCUUUGCCUCUGGCCGAUUCCAAUCAAUAGCACCUUCAAAGACCCUACCCAUGCCUUUUGCGGUGCAGCACUCCAGCUGGCCAUCCAAAAAGGCCUCCCCUUUGCGUCGAGAAAGCAGGACUUUGCGCGCUUUCCCGUAGAACAAGCGGAGAAGGAUGGCUUCUUGUAUUAUUCCCGUCUUUGGGCGUACUUCCAGUGGAUCUCACAAUCAAACAACUUGUGCGAUGGCUUGCCCUGCAUCCCCACCAUGCAGGUAGCACAGGCUCCUGUUGAGCAGGAUCUCUUCGCAGGACUACCAGCUCCGAUAGGUUACAGGUUCCAGCUGCACCAGAUAUUGGUCGAGGCUGUUCUGAUGAUCAUGCGAACCGUUGAUCUCAACUACAACACGGACAGCCGCAUGCUCCGCUCGCUAAUAGAACAUUUCGACACCACCAUGCAGCGCGUUGUCGCUUCAGGGGCCGAAGUGACUACUGCUCAGUUCCAUCUGCUCGAGACGAGGCUGUUCCUCCUGUGCUAUUACUUUUUCCACCACCCGGACGCGAACCGGGAUGCCGGGCUCAUCAGGCUGCACGCCAUCGCGUGCGGCAUUAUCGAGGCUGCGACAGAGCUCGACGAGAAGGGGGACUCCAUGCUGUUCUGCACGCACUCGCAGGCCAGGGCCGUGGUCCUGGCCGGCUUCUGCAUCCUCCGAACGCACCGCAGCCACCUGCGCGACCUCGUCGACACGCAGCGCGGCGAAGAGGCGUUCUUCGAGGCAAUCCGCAUGUCGCGGAAGCGCUCCAUUCAGAACAACGACCUGGAGUCCAGGAGCGCGACGAUCCUGACGCAGCUGUGGUCGAGCGCGAAGCUGUUCAAGUUCAAGGACGGCUCGGUCGACGGCCUUCGCCUGCUCCUGCGCGGUCGCCUCCACAUGAGCGUACUCUUCGACUCGCUGUGGUGGUGGCGAAGCGAAUUCGGCGGCUCCACCAAUCCCUACAUUCAAUCUGACCCAUCGGUUAAGAAGUCCAACACCUCCUCGUCAUCAACGACAACGAUCAAUGUCGCGCCCACCACGACUGUCGACCCGCCUUUGGACCAAACACAAAGCGCACUUCACGACGGCUCCGUCUUGAACCUCGACCAGGUGCCUGAAUGGCUGAUGGACUUUGCUGGCAUGUCAGACUGGCAGUGGGAUGUAAAUUUCACAUGGAACCCAGCCCAGAACACAUUUUGACGGCCAAGAUGAUAACUUGAACUCUUUGCAUUUUAGGCUCCGUGGAAUUUUAUCCGUGAAGCUGAUGAUAUUACGAGCUAAAUGAUAAGCAUAGAUUCGUAACAUUACCUACUGAGAGCGGUCUCAAAAACCUUUCCAUUGCUACUAAAGUUGGGACUGAUGUUGCAUACAUUGAAUGGCCAGCAUCGACUAAAGACGCCUGCUCAUUUCCGAUCACGAUUUUUGUUUUAGGUCCAUUCAAUGACAAGUUUGGCGCGACGGACUGAAGGAACAGCCUGAACCGAAGCGAAGCCGAUGUUGACUUUGUCAUCUCGCGUUCGCGCCUUAAGACUUUGUACAGAAAACCCUCUUCUAUGGUUAUACGUGACGUAUAGAGAAUGCAUACGAGAUCGUUCAGUUUUUAAUACGACACCAUACAACGUGUAACUGUACAUAUUGCAGAAAAAAAGAAGGAGGGAAAAAUAAAGAAAUAGAUCAUGGAUGGACG